AUGAAACAUCCUCGCUUCUUCAGCAUCUUCUGCCUUCUGACUGGCAUGUUGCCCCCCAUCUUCUCUAAAGAAUGCUACUUUUGUGAAAUCACUGCCUCAGCAAGGUGUCCCAGCACCAAAAUGGUUUGUGGAGAUGAUGAAGAUUGCUUUGAGGGCCAAGGAGCUGCCAUGGGUGUCUCACUGAUCAAAAAUAAAGGUUGCACGCGUGCCAUCAACUGUGGCAAGGAGCAACCUGUCUCCUAUAUGGGAGUCACCUACAGCUUGGUCACCAACUGCUGUCAGGGAGACAUGUGCAAUACAGCUCAGGCCAUAACAGCUCCAUCCCUUUUUCUCCAACUUCUCUUCACAGGCAUGAUCCUGCUAAGUCUCCUGUGA